ACGAACAACAAAUCCUAACAAACAAACCAUCAAUUUGCAUAUCUUUUUCUGCAUCGAAAGAAAAUAUUCUCGAAGCCUGAACGGACCAAAUAUCUCAAUCCAAAAACUCGGAAGAAGUUCAAGAAGAACGAGAAUGAUGAGUUCGCUCUUUCUAACCUUCGGAGUGCUGAAUCUAUUUCCAUGCGAAAGCCAGUUUUGCGAUAGGAAAUAAUUUCUAUUCUUCACGUUAAUUUAUUUUUUUGAUGAACACAAUAUCUGGAAGUGGUUCGAAGGUUGUGUUUUCAGAAACUUAUAAAUUAAAGUCGUCAUUUCUGGGAUUAUCAGUUGACAGUUGUCUCAGAAAAGCUACACCAUGCUUGUCGAAUUUUCUAAAUUGUUUUUUUGCGUUGUAGUUUUUAUAACUACAAUCGAGACUAAAUCUUUACCAAAAUACAUUCAAAAAUGUUCUUUGAAAGAUCCUAAUGCGUUUUCUAAGUGUGCUGUAGAAGUUGCAAUGAAGGCUAUUCCGAACAUUAUUACAGGUGAUAAGGAUUACAACAUACAGAAACUGAAUCCUCUUAAGAUUCCACUACUUCAAUUGGAUUCCAAUGGAUUAAACUUGAACUUGACGAAUCAAUUGGUGACAGGAAUUGAAACCGUUAAAUUUAAUACCAUCAAGUAUGACAAAACAGCUGGAAAAUUUACCCUGGACAUGAACUUUGUUCAUAUAAUGCUGGAAGGACAAUAUUCCAUAGGAGGAAAAAUUUUAGUGCUUCCAAUCUCUGGAAAUGGAGACGGUUAUAUGGAUUUCAAACAAUGCCAUCUCGUUUUCACUUUCGACUUGAAACCUGGAAAAGACGGAAAGCUAAAGGUUGACAACCCAGACCUAGAAACUGAUUUUGGUGGGGCCACAUUCCACAUGAAUAAUUUAUUCAAUGGAAAUAAACAAUUAGGAGAUGAAUUGAAUAAAUUCUUGAAUGACAACUGGCGAGAAAUCAUAAAGGAAUUCCAAGACUUGGUCAAGAAACCGAUGAACGCUCUUCUGAAAUCAGUUGCAGCUGGAAUUUUGGACAAUCUGACACAAAGUGAUGCAUUCAGUGAUUCAUAAUUCAGAAUUAAGAAAUUACUGAAAUCUUAGUUGAGUUUUAAGUAUAUUUUAGUUCAGUUUUGUAUGUAUAUAUGUAUAUAAAUUAUAAUUUUCAAAUAAU